AUGACGGCGCCGUCGGUGGGCCAUAAUCGGCCGCCCGAUCCUGGCAUAGCUGCUUCGACCACGGCCAGAAGCAGUACGACUGGUGAUGCGAUUGUUGAUAACAGCGACGAUUUCUCGCGGCAUGAUUUUACCCGCGCUGUCAACGCCAACGCCAACGCCAACCUCGAGAUUAAUACCGACUUUAACCCCCUGAAUCGUGAUCAAUUUGCUACAAAUACGGAUGUCGCAACGCCGAAACAGAACGGUUCCGUCGACCCCAUGCCUCGACCGCAGGAUCCUGUCGAGGUGAACAAGGAAAACUCCAAUGCGGUAGUUGAGAAUAGGACGGAGGAGAUCCAGGAAAAAGAAGGAGAGAGAAAAAUAAAAGAGGAGCCCCAAGAGACAAUACAGCAAGAAGGAGAGCAAAAUCCGGCAGAAAAAGACCAAGGAAAAGGUGUAUCGGACGACAUGCCCAAGGUCAAGGAGGACUCAGCAGGCAAAUCGGCCGAAACUCACAAUCAGUUACCGCUCCAAGAUUCAGAUAAACAGUCAGCAGCUACGUCUCUUCUUGCCCAGUUGCUGGGAAAUGUCAAUGCGCAAGCUCCGUUGUCUGCCACGCCGGAGUACCUUCCUCGAACGCCAUUGCCAGAACCCUUGACUGAUGCUUCUACGCCGGCUGCACAUAACGAGGAUCUUUCGUUGCCAUUGAUUUAUGGGCAGACGGAGGGAAUACAUACGUCAACCCAGCAGCCGGACAUACAGAACGGAGAGGUUGCAGUUCCCAAACAAGAGGAAAAUACCACCACAGAGGCGCAGAAUCAAACUAUUCUACAGACAAACACAGCUUUCAACGAUAUCCAAGACGAUUCAGUAGCCACGAGGAUUCCCGACAUGGUUACUGGGGUCAUGGAGGAUCCGCUCUCAAAGACAAGUCAUGACCACAACGCGCUCUUUGCACCUUUUGACGAUGGCAGCAUGAAAAACGGUCUGGAUGCCCUGCAGCAGCAUGAUCUGCUUUCAAACGCAUUCCUAUCUCAAGAAAUCAACAUGUCCGGUCUUCCCGAUCUAUCGAGUUACUCCCAAUACGAUGUAGCUGCGUCUAUAGCUGGGUCCGAGCCGCGUAUUCAAGCCUUUGCCAAACUCGAGUUUGAUGAUGGUCAUUUCUACGUGAAUACUUACUCAUUCAUACUUGGCCGAGAUGUCCGAGCAGCCCGCGCCGCUUUUCAACGGGAAGUCCAAGUCCGACAAGCUAUGAGACCGUCAAGAAACAAAAGUUCUAGCGGUGGUAAUACCUCUCACACCCCCAAUCGAGUCAAACGCGACGGUAGCGCCUAUGUUGGAAGCGUGGUGAGCGAUCGAGGUGGUAUUAUGGGAUUUGACCCCGAUGUACCACACCACAUUUCGCAAAUGAGUCGCCGAUCCUCUGUCUCGUCUCAGCCAGAUUCUGUACUCCAUGCAACUCCGGCGCAAUUACAGGCAAACCACACAGAUUACAAUGCACUUGCGAUGCAAUCACUCUACGACGGCAGUGCCGAAGCAAAACCAGUUGACAUGCUGGCUUUGUUGCCUUCGCCGGAUGCUUGUCCGACAAUUCCAAUUCAUCCGCCGGCGACUGCAGAUGGCAGCUCGGCUGGCCACAAGGGCAUAUCCCGUAAACAUGUGAAGAUUGCAUACAACUUCGAUAAGAAUCUUUUCGAGAUGGAAGUGAUGGGUCGAAAUGGUGCAUUCAUUGGUGCUGAUUGGCUAGCUCCGGGACAGCUGAGGCCAUUGCACAGCGGAGACUAUAUUCAGAUUGGAGGAGUUCGUAUACGGUUUCUUCUCCCAGAUGUACCUAUUGGCGAGACUGGAGCCGAUCGAUUGGAGGAGCCUCUGCUAGAAGACGGCGCUGCCGUAACUGGAGAGGUCACCGAGGCUGCAACUGGCGAUGUGGAUGCUAUGGAAGGAGACUCUGACGAUGAGAGUCAAGACGGCACAAAGAGACCACGAGUCACCAAGCUCAUUCUCAAGACAAAGUCACAAGACGAUUCCGCAAAUGCCGACGCAUCAAUUGAUGGUAAUGGCGAAUCAUCACAGCCCAAGAGACGCGGACCUGGCCGUCCUCCCAAGGACGGCAUCAUGUCGAAGCGGGAGCGUGCCGAGAUUGCCAGGGAACAGAAGUUAGCAGCGAAACGCGAGGCCAAUGGAGGAGUAACACCACCUCCACCGAUUAACCGUCCUAAGCCACCUACAACUACUAAACCAACGCGAAAAGAGGAUUCAGUGGAGGAAGUCGAGGCAUCUGCUCCUGCUACACCUGCUGCUCCUACUACUCCUUCUAAGCCAGUGGAGAAGAAGUCUGUCAAGCGCAAACAACCUGAUGGAUCUAUCGUUGAUAUUCCUAUCGAGUCCAUUGAAGGCGGCGAACAACAACAGCCCUUGCCAGAACAACAACCCGUUGUUGAAUAUCCUAAACCACCUCCUCCUAAGAAACGCAAGCCCUCGCGGUCUCCAUCACCCGACUAUCCUCCUGAAUCUGCCUACACGCAAGACCAAAUGGCAAAACCACCUUACAACUAUGCCGUUCUCAUUUUCGAUGCCUUGACAGAAUCACGAACACCAAUGACGCUCAAACAAAUUUACAGGGCACUCAAAUUGAAGUAUCCGUAUUUUAGAUUCAAGUGCGAGACGGAAGGUUGGACAUCUAGUGUUCGUCACAACCUAAAUGGAAAUCGACAGCUGUUUGAGCAUGCAGAACGAGACGGCAAAGGUUGGUCAUGGCAGCUCCGAGCUGGAGCAUCGGUGGAAAAGGAAAAGAAAAGAAGACCGUCACCUCCCCCUCCGUCAACACAUAUUCAUCAACCUCCUCCUCAUCACUACAUGCCGCCGCCAAGCCAUUCAUAUACCAACCAAAGUCUGCAAAAUCAGCAGUUCCAGUUUUCUGCAAUGCCCAAUAGCUUCAAUCCUCCUCCUGCGCCUACCUAUCGUCCUCCGGCUCCUCCUGCACCUCCAGUUCAAGCACCUGCACCGAAUCCGUUCAAGAAUAUCAAUCUUCCUCCCGCUCUUACGAACCAAGGAUCUGGAAAAUACGUUUCACCUUAUCCUUGUGCAUUGCCGCCGGAUAUUCUGCAGUUGCAGCAAGAAAACCAACCGAAACCGCCGACACAAUCUGCUCCUCCACUUCAGCAUCAACAACCUCCAAUGCAGAUGCAUCAGCCUCCGCCGCCACCGUCACAACCGCAACAACAACCGCAAUAUAACCAGCCACAACCUCAUCAGCAGCAACAACCUCCUCCUACGCAUUAUACUCCAAAUGGACCACCAUAUCAACCGCCGGCCAACAACCAAAUACCUCCUUAUCCUCCUCCACCGAGCCAAGGUCCAUCACCCUCUCCAUCCCAACAACCUGCACAGCCAUAUCAACCUCCACAUCAACAACAACAGCCGCCGCCACCACCACCUCCUCCCUCAGGAGGUGCGCCAAUGAUCAAUAACAACAAUCAAAACGGAAAUCACAAUAACAGCAACAAUGAACAAGAGUCAUCUCUCUCCUUCCUCGAAAGAGCAAACAAAGCCAUCGACGACUUUGAAGCAGUACUCAUGGAAGACUACGACGAUAAAAACUACAUCCGAGAGGUCCUCAAGAGCGCCCGAGCGCGCGCAUUGGGUCAUGCCGACAAGAGCUCUUUUGCGGAUGGAGAGCCCAAGGAUGAAGCUGUUUUGUUGGAUGUGUUGAGGAAUCUGAUUGGGAGCUUGAAGGAUGAGUGA